AUGCAAGACGCUGAUCCUGUUGCUCACAAUCGCGAUGCGCCCAGCGGGGAGGCGCAGGGUGACUGGGUUAAGAAACUCCUUUGCAGUGGUGCGGGGCCGAGAUCUUCAAAGUGUGUCUACAAACAGUUCGACACGGACCGAUCCGGCACCAUCGGGAGCAGCGAGCUGCCAGGCGCCUUCGAGGCGGCGGGCUUCCGGCUGAACGAGCAGCUGUACCAGAUGAUCGUGCGCAGGUACUCGGACGAGAACGGCCAGAUGGACUUCGACAACUUCAUCAGCUGCCUGGUUCGCCUGGACGCCAUGUUUCGACUAGCAGAGGCGAAAGCCGGCAAAGGCACCUGCAUCGGCUGAGCCCCUGGACACGGC